GUUCUGUUUACCUCCGGAGAGAGGGAGACACGCGGCCGCUCGUGGCGCGGGACGCCGGAGCUUUUAGAUGCGGGUUGUAUGCGUCGGUGUCCCCGUCACCCUCGGGCCUAGCCCCGGCGGCGGCAGGAGGAGGAGGAGGAGGCCCGGGCCCGGCAGAUGCCAUCUGUCCGACCACCGCGAGACAUUGAACCACUCACCCGCGGCUAGCAGGGAAGCUAACAUGCUAAUCCACCGCUACGAAGCGAAGAGCCUCGUCAGCAUCAUUAUCAUAUAACUGAUCUCUGGAUAUUAAACGACGUGAAUAUACUUUUCACUGUCACUACACGAAAGACGAGCUGUCUCGUGUUAAGCUAGCUAUGUGACACCACCAGACUCCAUUGAGAAAUCGAACAAUUUAACAUGUAUUCUCUCACUGGAGCACGAGCAACAUUUCAAAAUAACCCGACGUGUUGUUGAGAGGCUGCUCAUCACCUCGGUUUCACUUCGGCUUCACGAGAAGACGUUUCUAUGACAACCUUCAGUAAUCCAGUUUAAAAACAACACUGGAUCAUCACUAGUUAAACUGUUCAGUGAAGUGAUGUGUGGUCCGAUCUGUCUCCGGACUGAACCAUAAUCCGGUGACACAUUCACAGUCAUCGUGUGUAAAAGACAUAAUUCUCCGGAAUAAGGAAGAUGAGCUGUUUCCUGUGUUAAACUAGCUCUGUGACACCACCAGACUCCAUUGAGAAAUCUUACAAUUCAACAUGUAUUGUCUCACUGGAGCACGAGCAACAUGUUAAAGUCACUGGACAUAUUGUUCAGCAGCUGCUCUUCACUUCAGCUCAACUUCGGCUUUGCUUCUUUUAUUUCAUCCUUCCAACUCAUGAACAAUAACUGUGGAUGAUAACGCUUUGAUCCGUCUGUGGAGGGAAGAGGUGAUGUCUGGUCUCAUCUGUAUCAGGACUGAACCAUAAUCCCUCGACACAUUCUUCUGUCAUCAUGUGUAAAAGCCAUAAUUCCCUGGAAUAAGGUUACUUCAGGGACACUGUGUAAAGGUGGAACUUCUGGUGAUCCAGCAGCGGAUGAGAAGUGAGAACGCUUCUUUAAACAUCUGCUCCAACGCAACCGGCGAUACUCACCAUUUCUAUGAGAUUAUCCAUAUCGGGGCCACUCAGCCUGUAAACGAAGAACGAACCUUGAAACUGUGGCGUCAUUUCCCGUCGCUGUUUGUAAAAAAGAAAGAAUAAAAUCCUGGUUUUCCCGGGCGAAGAUGACGAGUGAGGAGAAGAGCGGAGCCGCCCUGGCCGUGAUCCUUCUCCUCGCAGCCAGUUUGUCGAGCGGCGACUUCUCGGCCGCCUCGGACUGCAGCCCGUCCGCCACGGGGACGAGCGGCCUGGUGCGUUUGGCGUCGGCCGUGGUCGACGUGCAGAGGGCGGAGCAGAGCCAGAAGAGACACCUGGAGGCCUUGUUCAACAGAUAUGGAGAAAAUGGCACCAUCUCUCUGGACGGGUUGAAACGCCUCCUGCAGAGCGUGGGGCUGGAUCGCAUCAGGACGGUCAUGGUGCAGCAUCACGAGCAACUUGGCCAUCGUCACCACCACCAUCAUCACCACCAUCACCACCACGACGACCAUCUCCCUGACAACAACAACUCGCACCACCAGAAGCAUGUCCACGCCGAACCCUCUCGGCCCGGAAAGUUCCCCAAGAGCGUCGAAAAUCGAGACGGCAAGAAAACUGAGAACCCGGAUAGUCAUCACAACCUGUACGACAAGAAGACCCCGGCGGCUCAGGAGGUCGGCCCCACGGCCGUGUACAGCGCUCAACUGGUGGUUAAACAAGGCAGCAGCCCGGGACAGUCCGGUGCUGCAGGGGAAGGAACCACCGGUGCUGCCGCCGCCAGGCCGGUCGCUGACAACCAGACACGAGCCGCCGCCGCUGCCAGCCGGGAUGACGAUGAUCACAUCCAUGAUCACAUCCACGACCGUGUGAACGGCAGCAGCCUGGAGAGUGUAGAGUGCCUGAACGCCUCCAGCAUCCUCUCCUCACACGGGAUGUCUCAGGAGGUGGCUGUGACCCUGGGCGACUUCCGCUACCUCUGCCCCGCCCUCCUCAACCAGAUCGACUUUGGAGCGUGCCUCGCUCACGGAGACGCCGCCGACCAAGGGGAGAGAGACCAUAAACUUCACAGUCAUGCUCACGGUCACCAUGGAGACCACAACCACUCGUACCACGACCACAGCGAGCGCAACGGUGGAGAAAGUGACAAGAACAUCGCAACAGCGUGGGCCGGCGGCUUCAUCUCCAUCACGAUCAUCAGCCUGCUGUCGCUCCUCGGCGUCGUCCUCAUCCCGCUCAUGAACAGAGUUUUCUUCAAGUUCCUUCUCAGCUUCCUGGUGGCGCUGGCCGUCGGCACGCUGAGCGGCGACGCCUUCCUCCACCUCAUCCCCCACUCUCAGGGGGGCCACCAUCACCACCACGAGGAUCCCGGGACGAAUGUGGAGGCACAUCACCACCUCCACGACGAGCCGGGCGAGAACCUGGACGGCGUGUGGAAGGGCCUGACGGCUCUGAGCGGAGUCUACUUCAUGUUUCUGAUAGAACACUUCCUGACGCUGGGGAAAAUGUACAAGGACAAGAACAAGAAGCAGAAGGUCCAGAAGAAGAAGUGGGAUCAGAACCACAAGGCCGACCCAGAGAAGCAGCCGGCGCUGGGAGACAGCGACCUGAAGCCGCCCGAAGACGUGGAGACCAACGGUGCCGGUAUGCUCGGCGACCACUCGAGCCUGCAGGCCGGCAGCGUGGCGGAGGAGGAGCAGGUGAUGUUGGCGCCGCAGGUGUCCGUCCGGGGCUCGUCGGACGACGCGGCGGCGGCCUACACGGACGAGGACUGCGAGAACAAAUGCCACUCCCACUUCCACGACACGGUGGGCCAGGCCGACAGCAUGCACCACCACCACCACGACUACCACCACAUCCUGCACCACCACCACUCGCAGAACCACCACCCGCACAGCCACUCGCACUCGUACUCGGAGCAACACUUCCAGCAGGCCGGCGUGGCCACGCUCGCCUGGAUGGUCAUCAUGGGAGACGGACUGCACAACUUCAGCGACGGCCUGGCCAUCGGGGCUGCGUUCACCGAGGGUCUGUCCAGCGGGCUCAGUACGUCUGUGGCUGUUUUCUGUCACGAGCUGCCUCACGAGUUAGGUGACUUUGCAGUGCUGCUGAAAGCCGGCAUGACGGUGCGUCAGGCCAUCCUCUACAACGUGCUGUCGGCCAUGAUGGCGUACCUGGGCAUGGUGACGGGCAUCUUGAUCGGACACUACGCGGAGAACAUCUCCAUGUGGAUAUUCGCGCUCACGGCGGGACUGUUCAUGUACGUGGCGCUGGUGGACAUGGUGCCGGAGAUGUUGCACAAUGACGCCGGGGACCACGGCUUUAGCCACUGCGGCUUCUUCCUGCUCCAGAACGCCGGCAUCCUGCUGGGCUUCUGCAUUAUGCUGCUGAUAGCCAUCUUUGAACACAAAAUCCAGCUGGACCUGGGAUACUGAGGUCCAGGCCGUAUUCCAACACGUGUCUCCGUCACGAGCGUAGUGUAGUAUUUUUAGUUUUGUUGUUACAGACCAGGCGAGCGCAGUCAGGACAGAUUUUUGCCGUUUGGUGUAGGAACAGGCGCCACGUGGACCCCUCCCUCUCUGCUCUGACCUGAAGUCAGAGCUGUCGUAUCCUGUUGAAGUUGUAAAAUGAAUAACUGAGUUGGUUUUUAUUUUUGUCAUUUCCUUGGGUCUGUGAUUUCAAAGCAGGCAGCAGUUUCUCGUGACCCCGAACGGAAACUAAAGUCCCUCAUACGCCACAGCGCUCAUUUGAUCAGUCGCUAAUAGUUUGCACUUUGACCACAAAUCCAAAACUAAACCCAAAAGAGGCCAUUGCAUCGGAUUUUCUCUUUAUUAUUUUAGUCUGAUGUGCCAAUAUUCCUGUAGACACACAAAGUGCCGUCACUGAUCUGUGCCGGGUAACAACCGUCCCCCUGGAAACAAAAUCUGAACCACAAUCGUUAAAUAACCUGUGAAAUGCAACCUCAUCAGUGAAGCGAUGAAGGUUGUGACGACUGAUCACUUUUCAGUUUGUAAGAAUGACUCAACAUAAAGAUGACGACGCGUCUCCACUUCCCCCACAUUGCAUUGUGAAUACACGAAGCUAAAAUAUCUCAGACACAGGCGCCGCCAUCAUCUUGUUCUUCUGACGCUAAACCUGUACUUCAGACAGACACCAGGGGGAGGAGUCAUGUCGUCCAUCUUUUUUAUUUACAGUCUAUGGUGGGUGCUGAUGGUUUCCAGGAGGAUGUUGUUGUUGCCGUACAAACCGUCUGACGUCCUGAGCAGAUAAAGGUUCCGUCCCAUUCCCUACUCCAUGUCCCUACUCCAUGUCCCUACUCCAUGUCCCUACCCCAUGUCCCUACUCCAUGUCCCUACUCCAUGCCCCUACUACAUGCCCCUACUCCAUGUCCCUACUCCAUGUCCCUACUCCAUGUCCCUACUCCAUGUCCUACUCAUGCCCCUACUCCAUUUCCCUACUCCAUGUCCCUACUCCAUGUCCCUACUCCAUGUCCUACUCAUGCCCCUACUCCAUUUCCCUACUACAUGUCCCUACUACAUGUCCCUACUCCAUGUCCCUACCCUAUGUCUCUACCCCUCCGUUCUUCCACUCCACCUGAAGAAACCAUCUACCCCUUGAUCUCCAAAAAAAGGGACUGCCUACCCUGCGCAGGAAUGUGCAAAUCAUAGGGGUAGGGACAAGUGGGUGAAAUGGGACGGACCCUAACAGUCUGAGGCCAGUGAGGAGAACAAGAAGCCACUUUAGUUAAUUUAUCAUUUAGUCUGAAAAAAUCGCAUCAGGCCGACGCGUCGGGAGGAAUAUCACGUUACACGUUAUCACGUUACAUGUUACAUGUGGUGUCGUAUGGAACAGUCGGGGAUACGCCCAUUAAAUGAAGCUGAGUUCAACCUGAUGAAGGAAAAACGUUAUGAGUUAAUGAACAACUCUCACUGUUACCGUCAAACUUUAAGAGUUGGUUCAUCGUGUUUUUGUUUUUUUUCUUCUUUUAAAUGACAUGAGUGUGUUGGAAUGAGUGUUACAAAAAAAAGAAGAAGAUUUGGACCCAUCCGAUGUUCGCAGAGGGUUGGUGCUGGUCUGACACUUUAAACCAACGGGUCACAAACAAACAGAAAGUGAAGAAGAAUCUGAUGAAAACCAAACAGUCAGAUUUUUAGUUUGCAGGACGAAAUCUCUGGAUCCGUCUCUGCAGAUGUUCGUAAAACAAAAGCAAGUGAAGUGCCAUGACCUUUGACACGUUUCGUGUGGCGUCGGAACAAAAGAAACACAAAGGGGCUCGGCCGGUUGUGAGUACUUUUUUAAAAAUGUAUAUUUUUUUAAUGUUGUUGUUACAGUUGACGUAGCAGCUCAUCGCCGAUCGUCUUCAGUUUAAAGUUGGAAAAUCUCUGUUACCAUUUUACUCCUGUUCAGUUUCACCGGUUCCAUUUUGUUUCUUGGUCACCACAAACUUUUUUCUGGUUUUGUUUGUUUCGUUUCAAGAGGCUGCUCUGAUGUCGAGGUCGAGGAUAUUAUACAUUUAUCAUACAUGCAUAAUAUUAAAGUAUAUGUAGGGAGUCGUAGCGUCGGAGGAAAACUUAACAAAAAUGUUGGGAUAAUGUGUAAGGAGGAGGAAAUUAUUCUUCCUUGUUUGUGUGGAACAAAAUGUAAAGUGUUAAUGAUGAAGGGAUCUGCUAAAGAAGAGCAGAAGGAACAGGCAUAAGAAAAAAAAUAUUGUUUUUAUUUAUUUUUUCAUUUCAGAAGCGAAGUUCAAGGUCUCGCAGUUCAUCUGCGUUGGCGACGCGAUCACGUUCACUGACGUAACCGCAGACGACCUCCUCCAGUGUCGCCAGCUUGUUUUUUUAAUUUUACAGAAUGCGAGUCCAGACGUUCUGUGGCGCCCUCUGGUGGAACAACCCAGUAACGUGUGGAACACAGCAAAUGUGUGAACAAUUGAUUAAACAGCGAGUGAAUCUCCGUCUCAAGGUGAUUUCACAGGUUAAAUCUCUUCAAUGGCAAACAGGCUGUAUUUUAUACUUCAAAAAAAAAGAUAAUUACCUCAUGAGUUCCAUGUGAACGCAGCUCCAAUCUUCAUAAUGUUCUGUGUUUAGUCAAAUCACCUGUAUGAAGUCACCUGUCAAGAAAAUACACUAAUUUCUAUAGAUACAAAAAAGCCUAAAUCAAAAAGACACGAUCACCAACACUGACCUGCUGUUCAAUCACAUUGAGCACAUGUAUUAUAUUAUAUUAUUAAUCUGUUUGUCUCUGAACAUCCCCCCCCCCCCACAAAGGAAGAAGCGAUUGACCAAACUGGUCUUUUGCUGCCAGUGUUUCUGUUCUUCUGUGUGGAGUCACUGACUGCAGUGAACUUCAGGCAGCUUGUAUUUGUAUGUGGACUCACUCUGCUCGCUGACAUUCCUCAACUCAAAUAAACGUGCUCACUGUCCCACAAA